AUGGGCGCCUAUCUCUAUGGGCGCAUAUCUCUAUGGGCGUCUAUCUCUACGGGCGCCUAUCUCUAUGGGCGCCUAUCUCUAGGGGCGCCUAUCUCUAGUGGCGCCUAUCUCUAUGGGCGCCUAUCUCUAGGGGCGCCUAUCUCUAUGGGCGCCUAUCUCUAUGGGCGCCUAUCUCUAUGGGCGCCUAUCUCUAUGGGUGCCUAUCUCUUUGGGCGCCUAUCUGGGCGCCUAUCUCUAGGGGCGCCUAUCUCUAUGGGCGCCUAUCUCUAUGGGCGCAUAUCUCUAUGGGCGCCUAUCUCUACGGGCGCCUAUCUCUAUGGGCGCCUAUCUCUAGGGGAGCCUAUCUCUAGUGGCGCCUAUCUCUAUGGGCGCCUAUCUCUAGGGGCGCCUAUCUCUAUGGGCGCCUAUCUCUAUGGGCGCCUAUCUCUAUGGGCGCCUAUCUCUAUGGGAGCCUAUCUCUUUGGGCACCUAUCUCUAUGGGCGCCUAUCUCUAGGGGUGCCUAUCUCUAG